UAAUGUGCAUGCCAAUAGGAAUUUUGAGAUGUGUAGUUUCAUUAGAGGCUUGGAUUGUAAUGAUUUGUGGAAUUGCAGCCUUUAUAUUCACAAUGAUUAUGUAAAUACAUUAUAGUUUAAUGCUAUAAGCAAAUGAAGGAGAAUCUGUAUAUAGAUCAUUAAAUAUUUAUUUAGUGGAUGCUUUUUGGAUAGGGUAUGUUAACAGCUUUUUGGUUGUUUUCAUCUUAUAUAAUAAUUAAUGGAGUAUGUGGUAUUGUUGGCGGUUAGCACAAAAAACCAUGUUUAUUAUUAGCGUUCAAUGUUGGAAAUAUCAUAAUUAUAAUUGCAUUCAUUAUACUUAUGGUGAUAGGUUAUGUGUUAGCAGAUGAGACUAGAAAACUUACUGAUAAAGAUAUAUAAUAAAAUGAAAAUACUUGUCUUGACAAUAGAUCUGAAUUAAAUACCUUAGAUUGGGAAAGCAAAGAUCUUUUAUGUUCAAUAGAAUGUCCAUGUUAUUAUACAUAAUUGAAUGGUCCAUUGGCUAAAAAUAAAACUCUAUGGGGAGAUGAUAAACAUCCAGAAAGAGUAUUGCAUAGAAAUAUAAGAAUAGCCUACAAAAGUAUAAGAUUGUGAACUCUUUUAAAAAACUUAGAAUACAACUGUUAAAUAUUUUUCAAAUUACCUAGGAGAAAUCUAAAAAAAUACAGGGUGUACAGGAUGGUGUGUGCCAUAUUAAAUGCAAAUAUUUUAUGAUAUCAAUAUAGUUCCUAAAGAUCCUUAGUAUAAAUUUUACAUAAAAUUAGAUUAUAUUGUCAAUAUGUUGUAAUUUAAAAAUUAACAGAGAUGGGAAUGUUGAUGGGUGACAUAGCAGCUGGAGUCACUGCAGUAAUGCUUAUUUUAAUUACUCUUACCUGUUGUUUAUGUUUCCAUCCAGCAAAUAAAGAUCAGGAUUUCUACAAGAAGAUGGCACAUUAUGAGAAUUGA